GAAUGGAUGGAGAAGGCAAUAUUGUGGCCAAGUUAGCUGCCUCGGUAGCAUAGUUACUGUCUUUUUGUAUGUAUAUAUUUUAAAGUCGGAUGUAUCUAAAAUGAUGUCCUUGAUUUCAGUGGGAGGCAACGUAUUGAGUAGAUUUUUAGGUCUCUCCACAAAUGCAUUGCUCUUACGGUGUUCCUGUAAUCCAGCAUGUUUGGGUCCAGUGGUAAAGAGCUUCAGUACAACCUCUGAUGGUCCUCCUCGUAGGCCCCCCACUGGAUACAUUCGAUUCAUGAAGCAGCAACAUCCUGUCAUCUCCAAGCAGUAUCCAGAUAUGAAGCUUGUGGAUAUAACUAAAAAGAUUGCACAGCAAUGGAAAGCGCUGGCACCUGCACAGAAACUGCCAUUUGAGCAGGCGGCCUUGGCAGCACGGGAGCAGUACAAAGCAGACAUGAUCAAGUACCAGGCCCAGCUCACGCCUGCGCAGUCUGCAGCACUCAAGCAGGAGAAGCAGCAGAAGCGGGCCAAACGGAAGGUUAUCAGGAAGAAGAGGGAGCUGACCAUGCUGGGGAAACCGAAGGGGUGCAGGUCUGCCUUUAAUAUCUUCAUGGCAGAACACUUCGAGGAGGCAAAAGGUGCAAGCAUGCAGGGAAAGAUGAAGUCGUUAACGGACGAUUGGCAAAAACUGCCUGACUCUUAUAAAAAGGUCUACAUCCAGCUCGCAGAAGAUGAUAAAGUCCGCUAUGAGAAUGAGAUGAAGUCAUGGGAAGGGCACAUGAGAGAGAUUGGGAGGGAAGAUCUUAUUCGAAGGAAGGAAAUGAGGUCCAGAAAAACUGGGAAAGCAAAAGGAAUCAGAAGGAAGGCCAAUAUUAAGACUGUUAAGACUAAAGUCCCUGCAGAGUCUGCAGGCGGCAAGGCCUCUACUGGCCCAAACCUGAGAAUGCCAAGAGGGAACAUGAAGAAGAAUGAAGAGUGAUUUUGUAAAAAGCAUACUGGCAAAUCACUGUCCUUUCUAGUAUUGCUCUGUUAUAGGAGACACUUCGGGUAAUAAAGUCUGACCUGGUAGCUUGUGCCUCCGAACAUCUGGGCACAUGUAGUCAUGGAAGAGGUGAUAAUUCCCAGUAUGAAAUAAUGUGCAUGGUUUCCAGUCAUUAACAACUCUGUGUAACCCAGUCUGUCAUUUCGAGCUCAAAGGUACGCUGAAGCUGUCCUGCUUUUACUGGAUUCAAAACAACUGAGUGCAAUUUGGGGAAAAAAUCCCUUAAAAGUAAAAAAAAAUAAAAAAUCCAAAGAAGCGAAGUUGCCAACUAAUGUGCCCUCAGAAUAAUGUCCUGAUGUUUCAUAUCUUAAAGAUUGUAAAAUAGUUCAUUCAUAAUGGUGAACAGUGAGUGAAAACCUCAACAUGAGUUGCCGUUAUCCAGGGUUGCAGUACAAAGGUUGCAGAUCCUUAUAGCUAACAA